UGCACAGGGAUGGAGGAACCUGAGUUAGACUCGCACCUAGUACAUAAUCUGGAGCAGAUACGUACUACUUCUAAAAACCUGUCCCUCCCCCCUUCUUUCCAACGCUAUGCCUUUUGCUGUUGGAUCGAGGAGAACAUCCGCAAGAAGGAGUGUUGCUUUUUUCAAAAAGAUCUCAGUCUGAGUUGCUCUACUAGAGAGGAAAUAUGCAAGUGUGGAUACUCAAAGCUCAAACACACAGAUGAAGCCAUCAAACCAGAGGCCUUUACAGGGGAGACUUGGAACAGACAUAGGCAUGUCCAAGAAGUGCCCACUGAUGCUUUUGGAGACAUCAGUUUUGCUGGUUUGGGACAAAAUACAGCCAAGUAUGCACGAGUGUCCACAGACACCAGUCCUGAGGUGCUGUACCGCUUACUGAUUGAAAAAUGGAAACUUUCACCUCCAAAUCUUCUCAUCUCAGUGACUGGAGGAGCCAAAAAUUUCUACCUGAAAUCCCGUCUCAAGAGUAUGUUCCACAGAGGACUCAUCAAAGUGGCCCAGACAACAGGUGCAUGGAUCAUCACUGGUGGUACCAACACAGGUGUGAUGAAGCAUGUGGGGCAGGCUGUGAGGGAUUACACUCUAAGCAGCUCUAUGCAGAGCAAGAUUGUGGCUAUCGGUGUGGCAACAUGGGGAGUAAUUCACAACAGAGAUGUGAUGGUGAAUCCAAAGGGUUGUUUCCCUGCUCAUUAUGUGAUGGACAUUCAAGGUCAGGGCAGACAGUCUUGUCUAGACAACAAUCAUACUCAUUUCCUGUUAGUGGACGAUGGGACACACGGUCACUACGGUGUGGAGAUUGAGCUGCGUAGUCAUCUAGAGAAAUUCAUCUCUGGGAAACGACUUGGAAACAAAGAAUGCAGUUUGACCAUCCCAGUGGUAUGUGUGGUUUUGGAUGGAGGACCAGGCACACUGAAUACCAUCUACAAUGCUAUGCUGAACAGCACGCCGUGUGUGAUCUUAGAGGGUUCUGGGAGGAUAGCAGAUGUAAUCGCUCAGGCUUCUGGACUACCAAUCAGCAGGGUCACCAUUGCCCUCAUCCACCAGCUGAUGAAAAAGUUUUUUGGGCAAGAGUAUGAAACCUUCUCCGACCUCAGCAUCAUUGAAUGGACCAAAAAGAUUCAGGACAUCAUCAGGAUGUCUCAUCUGCUGACAAUAUUCAGAGUAAGCGAAGACAGUCAGGGGGAUGUGGAUGUGGCCAUUCUUCAAGCACUACUUAAAGCUUCAAAGAGCAGUGAGACACUGGCAAUGGACAGCUGGAGGAAGCAGCUGGAGCUGGCUAUUGCCUGGAAUCGGGUGGAUAUAGCUGAGAUGGAGAUCUUUACGGAGGAGUCCCAGUGGAAGUCCAGUGACCUCCACUGGGCCAUGUUCUCAGCCCUGGUUGGAAACAAGCCUCAGUUCGUGAGCCUGCUGCUUGAGAACGGUGUGAGUCUGAGGGAUUUCCUGAAGGAUGAGGAAAUACUGUGUAAACUCUACAGACAGCUGCCCAGCUGCUUCUUUCUGCACAAGCUGGCCAGGCGGGUCCACAAUGGUCGCAGCAGCAAGAAGCGAGCGCAGUCCAUCAGAGUUCAGGCUCAUACAGGCGAAGGCGAAACCAUCUCCUUGACGCACGUCUCUGACGAGGUGCGCCACCUGCUGGGCAAAUUUACCCACCCCAUCUAUCACGCCUCCACCAUGAAGAACAUGUCAAUGGAUGACUCAUCAAUGACACUGUCUAAGGGUGAGACAUCUUCCCAGGCUCCACUCAGACAGGAUCAUGCUGAAACACAGAGCGACGCGAGCAGAGACCUUUUCCUUUGGGCUGUCGUCCAGAACAACAAGCAGUUGGCUGAAAUUGCCUGGGAGCAGUGUAGAGACUGCAUGUCCACCGCUCUAGCUGCCAGUAAGAUCCUGAAGACCAUGGCAGAAGAAGGAAUCGAUGCAGACGAGGCGCAGGAGAUGUUUGAGCUUGCCGGUCAUUAUGAAAAGCACGCAAUUGGUGUGUUCAACGAGUGCCACAACAGUGAUAAGGAGCGUGCUCAAAAGCUGCUGGUUCGUAUAGCACAUUGUUGGGGCAGAACCACGUGUCUGCGGCUGGCACUGGAGGCCAAUAAUAAAAGUUUCGUGGCCCUAACAGGUGUUCAGGCUCUUCUGACUCAGAUCUGGUGUGGUGAGCUCUCAGUGGGCAACCCUGUGUGGAGAGUGCUCAUCUGCAUGGUCUUCUUCCCUCUCAUCUACACUGGUUUUCUGGUUUUCAGACGCGAUGAGCUCAUUCAUAGACAAAACAAAAAGAGUGAGGGGAUGAAGACCGUGGAGACAGUAACAGGAAGCACACGCAGAAUAAAUUCUCUUCAUGACACGCCAAGUUUGAAGCCACUGGGUUGCUGGUCCAGACUGGUGAGCCUGUACGGCUCUCCACAGGUCAAGUUUUACUGGAACAUUGCAUCUUACUUCGCCUUCCUCUUUCUGUUUGCUGUGGUGCUGAUGAUUGACUUUCAGACCACGCCCUCUCCUGGCGAGAUGCUGCUCUACAUCUGGCUGUUCUCGCUGGUGUUUGAAGAGGCCAGACAGAUGUUUUAUGAUCCGGAUGGUUUUGGGUUUUGUAAGAAAGCCAGGAUGUAUAUCAAUGACCUGUGGAAUAUUUUAGAUGUACUGUCUAUCCUGAUAUUUCUCCUAGGUCUUGCUUUUAGGCUGACAAGUCAGCUGUUCUUUGCUGGUAAAAUAAUUCUUUGCAUCGACUUUGUGGUCUUCUGCCUCCGUCUCAUGGCCAUCUUCACUGUCAGCCGAACUCUGGGACCAAAAAUCAUCAUAGUCAAAAGAAUGGUGAAGGAUAUGUUUUUCUUCAUGUUUCUGCUGAGUAUCUGGGUAGUAGCGUAUGGUGUGGCCAAACAAGGAAUUCUCAUCCACAAUGACAAUCGACUGGACUGGAUUGUCCGAGGGGCGGUGUAUGAGCCAUACCUCAUCAUAUUUGGGAAUUUUCCCACAAAUAUUGAUAAUACUGUAUUUGACAUAAACCUAUGCAGUUUGAAUGGUACAGAUCCUCUGAAGCCCAAGUGUCCUGUGCUGAAUGAAAACCAAAUACCAGCCUUCCCCGAGUGGCUCACCAUCAUCAUGCUUUGUGUUUAUUUGCUAUUUGCCAACAUACUGUUGCUAAACCUGCUCAUAGCAAUCUUCAACUUUACAUUCCAGGAAGUCCAGGACAACUCAGACAGAAUCUGGAAGUUUCAAAGAUACGAUUUAAUUAAGGAGUACCACAGUCGUCCGGCUGCCCCGCCUCCUUUUAUCAUCCUCAGUCAUCUGUACAUCUUCAUCAGGAGCAUGGUGCUGCAGAAACCUCAUAACAUCUACAAAGAGUUCAGGAAGGAGCUCAAUCAGAUUGAGGAAGAUGAGCUGUUGUCUUGGGAGGCAUUGAUGAAGGACAGAUACCUGCUGUCUGCACGGCAGGAGGAGAACCAGAGCAUGGAGAGACACAUCCAGGAUACAGCCCAAAAGGUUACCACUAUGUCUGAACAGCUGGAGAGGAAAGAUGAAAUGGGCUCUGUCACUGUGCUGAAGAGACUGGCCAGACUAGAGGAGCAGGUCAUGCAGUCAACCAAAGCCCUGCAGUGGAUUAUAGAUGCUCUCAAAUCUCAAGGUUUUGCUGCAAAAGAGACACAGUCACUAACCUUAACUGUAACAGAUGAGUCCCCCGACACUUUGAUGGAGACCUCAGAGAAAGAGAAAGGUUUCCACGUGAACUCCCGUCACUUUUACUACCCAAAGAGCAAACUCACACGCUUUCCUGUGCCUGAGGAGAAAGUGCCAUGGGAGGUCAGUUUCAGCUUAUACAAGCCAUAUUAUCAUGCCUGUGAAGAUGGUGGCGACGUCGUGGAUGGAUCAGAACCAGAAGCCCUUGAUAAAUACAGAAACCCGGAAGGAAGGACAGGCAUCAGGGGAAGAGGAGCACUCAGACACCUUGGCCCAAACCUGAAUUUAGAUCUUGUGCUUACACGCUGGCAAGACAGUGAGAGGUCUGUUUUGGAGUUCUUGUCGGUUCGGGAGGAAAGUCAAGGAAUCUUUGUUCUACCUGGGGGACCUGUUGACGCUGCUGAUCAACUGCCAGCAACUCUUAAACAAAGUCUGGGACAGAAGCUGUUUAAAACAAUAGAAGCAAAACUAUCGGAAGGAACAAAGGUACUUGAGGGUUACAUGGAUGACUGCAGGAACACAGACAACGCCUGGAUCCAAACCACCGUCCUAAACAUUCACCUGGACAGAACGAGCCAGGUUGUGGUGGAUAUCGACAAAAUGGUGGUGAGCAGCCACCAUGGUCUUCAGUGGCAGGAGGUGAGCAGCAAAGCCAGACUGAGCUCAGACCAAAGAGACUUCCUGCGGAAGGUUGCAGAGCUGCACAACAGAAAAUUUUGACAAUCACACCUCUGUAACCAUAAAUGUGCCUAUGCAUCCUCAAGUUAUUCUCUGUCUAACAGUGAGCCUUUUUGAAAAGGUUCAUUUACUGAAAGUACUUGUAAAGAAAAACUGAGGACACUAAAAAGCCAUUUGCUUUUGGAUGAACCGAGAGUUUACCAGCACACUGUACAGCUCCCUGAAAUUGUGUGGAUUUAAAUGGGGAAAAAGUAAAAAGAAUUUUAA